CGCCGCUGCGGCCGCUGCUCGUCAUUUCCGGUGUGCCUCAGUUGCGAAAGGAGAAGAUGGCGGCGCUGGGGGAACCUGUUCGGCUGGAGAGGGACAUCUGCAGAGCGAUCGAGCUCCUGGAGAAGCUGCAGCGGAGUGGGGAGGUGCCGCCGCAGAAGCUCCAGGCGCUGCAGAGGGUCCUCCAGAGCGAGUUCUGCACCGCGGUGCGUGAGGUGUACGAGCACGUCUACGAGACGGUGGACAUCAGCAGCAGCCCCGAAGUGAGGGCCAACGCCACCGCGAAGGCCACCGUGGCUGCGUUCGCAGCCAGCGAGGGGCAUUCGCACCCCCGCGUGGUGGAGCUGCCGAAGACGGAAGAGGGCCUCGGCUUUAAUAUCAUGGGGGGCAAGGAGCAGAACUCCCCGAUCUACAUCUCUCGGAUAAUUCCCGGCGGGAUCGCGGACAGGCACGGAGGUCUCAAGCGCGGGGACCAGCUCCUCUCCGUGAAUGGCGUGAGCGUGGAGGGCGAGCACCACGAGAAGGCGGUGGAGCUGCUGAAGGCCGCGCAGGGCAAGGUGAAGCUGGUGGUGCGCUACACGCCCCGGGUGCUGGAGGAGAUGGAGUCGCGCUUCGAGAAGAUGCGCUCGGCCAAGCGCAGGCAGCAGACCUAGUGCGACGUCCGGCCGCCGGCCUCCUGUCCCUCCCUCCGGGCCGCGCUGGAGUCGGUGGGGGACAGGCGGAGUCACUGGACGGGACGGUUCUGUCCUGCUGUUUUUACAGGCCUUUUUCAAAUACAGAUUUUUGUCAUAAAGUUGUUAUAGAUUUUUAAAAACGCUUUUUUAAUAUUAAGAUGUACUUUUACAUUCUUAAUCUUUUUUUAAGAAAAAAAGUUCUCAUUUGGCUACUUAUUAAAAGUAACAGUUCUCCCGUUUUUUUUCAUUUUUUAUUUAUUUAUUUUUUUUUGCUUACUCUUUUUAACCUGUGAAAUUUCUUUACGAUUUUCCACGAAAUUACACCCGGUAGUCUCACGGGUAGUGCUCCAUUACACCGUCAGCGUUAACGUCACUACUGCAUUUUGUACUUUGAAUACACUCGUAAUAUAUAUGACCCACGGAAGAGCAGAACUCGGCAGCGUGAGGUUUUUUACUUUUAUUUAAACAUGGCGUGGAAUGGACGAUCAUUUGCACUGAUUUAUAAGAGUAAGUUUUUAAACCCUGAAGCAGUCACUGCUAAAAUCCAUGUCCUUUCCUAAUGGAGCAGUGAGGCGAGAGGACCAGUCUGUUGCUGGCAUCCCGAUGGCCGUCUGUAAUCUGCAGUGGGUCACAAACUCGGACGCCAGUCGGGGCGGGCUCCUCCGUGCCCAGACCCGAGCCCAGUCGUGUGCGGUGGGAGCGACAGUCAGAGAAGACACAGGGCUGCUGCCGGCCUCGGCUUCCACGCCCUCCGCCCGCCCAGAGUGGAUUUUGGCGGAGGAAGAAGACGGGAGCAAGGCGUGAAGGGGCCUGGGCUGGAGCAGCCGCUCGGCCGGACCUGGGAGUUGGGUCCGUUUCCACCGUGACCGACCGGAAGCCUGUACCGUAACACAGGCAGAUGACGGAUCGAAAAGUGGGCAUUCUCUGACAUUCCUUCAGGAAGCAUCGAAACGUAGACCUUUUUCUGCAUGUGUGUGAGCACGGAGUCUUAAAAGAUGAUCCCCGUUUUCAGUGGUUUCCGGAUAAACGCAUGGUUAUUUAUCACUUAGGUACUGAACACUGGGUUGCAUGGUUGCAUGUCUGUAGUCCACGCGAAAUGUGCUUCUUAACAGGGUCGUGUUGUGCAGUUGUACAUCUUCAGAGUUAAUUGAUGUGCUUUUCAGACGUAGAGACCAAAGUAGUAUAGAAGAAUUCUGGACUUAAUUGAAUUGUACAGGUACUAAAGGUGUUUGUGGUAGAGCUUUGUAUAUUAAAGAGAGGUAUCGGUGGGUUUGAAGCCUGUGAUAUCAUUGUGGUGCUUGUGUUCUUGCACUCCAGGGGAGGGUGACCCCAGAGAAGUCUUUCUUACAGCUGCAUUAGCUUUCUUCAGGGUGUAGCCACCUUUUACUCUGAAUGACCACUUCCCACAGCUUCGGAACUUUUCAGCCUUUUCGGUGUGGAGACUUAGUAAGUCGCGUAAGUUCUUUUUUUCCUGCAGUAACCCACAGUCUGUCCUCUGUGGGUCAGCACCUACUUAGGCUUCUGGCAGCAGGGCCGCCCAGAGAAGCUGCCCCACCGCCUCCGCCCCGGCGCUGCUGCUCCCGGUAGGUGAAGGAGCCGCCUGCCGGCCGCGUACCCUGCGGAGCUGGAGCUCAGACCUGUAGACCCGGCGUGGGUCAGACCCUCUUACGUACAGCUCUCCCGGGCUUCUGUCACGAAGUCGUCUUGUUACACUGGAUCGUUCACUCCGCGGCAGCUUGACAGCUGGUGAUUUGUCUUGAGGAAGAAAAGGCACCUGGUGGUCCUUAUUUGGAAAAUAUUAAGUCUGGCUUUAAAAAAAAAAACC